GUGAUGGCAACCAGAACGGUCGGCGAUAAAGCUAAAUGGCGAAGAAGAAAAUCAACAAAACAUAACGACGACGACAACGACUGCGCCAGCUUAGCGUGGCUGCUAAACUUUAGACUGGAUGAAAUCGUCAACGUUAAGGUACCUGAUGAAGAGGUUAAAACUAAUGAGAGUCCCCCCGUGGCGAAGAAACCACCGUACACCUAUCCAGAGUUGAUUGAACGUGCUUUGAGAGAAAAAGGCGAGCUUACAGUCUCCGCAAUUUAUCAAUGGAUUUCGGAUCGCUUUCCAUUCUACAAAGCAAAUGAUGAGCGCUGGAAGAACUCGGUUCGGCACAACCUGUCCAUCAACCCGCACUUUCGGAAGGGGGCAAGAGCGUCGCAGGGCGCUGGUCACCUGUGGUCGUUAGCAGCUAAUGCUAUAGACCUCCUGCCGUUUAGGAAGGAACAUGAGACUGAAGUUAUCCAUGAGGCGCAUGUGAUUGAUUGUCCCAAGGUAAUAGUAUUAGAUGAAGCUGCAAUCGCCGCGGCCAGCAUCAUCCCGGAUCAAGACAUAUUCAGUGGAAGUACAAUGUUUCUCAACCCAGUGUCAGCGGAGCAGGUGGUUCGAGAGUGUGGACUGAUUACCAGCCUGUAGCUAGAAUAGG